GAGGGAGAGAUAACUUUCUCCCAGCAAGCCUGUCUCGCCACUCACCUCACGCUGCGGCGGCCGCGUCGUCUGCAGAUCACCCCAGUGUGAGGAGGACGCCAGCCAGGUGACAACAUGGAGAUUCAAAAGCUGGACAUCUACAAUGCCAAGAGUGGCAAGUUUGUCACAACCCUUCAGGGGAAUCUUGGAAUUUGAUAUAGCCUAUGGCACAUUGGAUCCCAAAGAGGGUUCACACAAAAAGCCAAGCAGUUCUGUCCAGUCUGAAGUGCACAAAAACAAGACACAGCUGCGAGGCUCCAGUACAGUGUUGGAUGUGAAGAAGAGUCUCCACCAGCAGAAGAAGGUGUUGUACCCAGAGCGCCAGGAGGUUAGGAUGGAGCAGAAAGGGAAAAGUCUGAAGGACAGUGACACCCUGCAGCAGCUUGGCAUCAAGACCAAGGAUGACAGGCUGUAUGUCAAGGACCUCGGCCCACAGAUUGGGUGGACAACAGUAUUCUUCGCUGAGUAUGCUGGCCCUCUGGUGAUCUACCUUUGGGUGUACCAGCGACCAUGGCUUUUCUAUGGGGACAGGGCUGGUGAUGUCCUCCCCACAUCUCUUUGUACUCAUAUUGCUGCUGGCUGCUGGACCUUCCACUAUGCCAAGCGUCUGCUAGAGACUCAGUUUGUGCAUCGGUUCUCUCACAGCACCAUGCCACUCUUCAAUCUCUUCAAGAACUGCUCCUAUUAUUGGGGCUUUACUGCCUAUGUGGCUUACCAUAUCAAUCACCCACUAUUUACUCCACCUUCCACCACACAAUUAUAUGUCUCCCUGGCUGCCUUCCUGCUGUGUGAAUUUGGAAACCUGAGCAUACAUUUGGCCUUGAGGAACCUGCGACCUCCUGGCUCUAAGGAGCGAAAGAUCCCUUACCCAGAUGGAAACCCAAUGACUAAGUUGUUCAAUGCUGUGUCUUGUCCCAACUACACUUAUGAGUUUGGCUCUUGGCUGGCCUUUACCACCAUGACACAGUGCCUGCCAGCGGGACUUUUUGCACUUGCUGGGUUCUACCAGAUGGCAGUGUGGGCACUGGGCAAACACCGUGCUUACAAGAAGGAUUUCAAAAACUAUCCCCCAAGGAAAGCCAUUCUUCCCUUCCUUCUGUAAGGGGGCUGAUGAAGGGAUCAGAAAUAUGAAGUGAUUAACUCUCAGAAGGAUGAGUAGUGAUUGCUUGUGUGCCAGGAAGUCAGGAUAGGUAAAUCUGUGCCCUCAUGUUGCUUAAAGCAUAACAGGUGCAUGAAGGAAUGGAAGAAUGAGUGGCUCUAGUAAAAUAAAUACAUGUAUUGUAUUUUAUUUAAUUCAAUUUUCAUGUGUGGAAUAAAGUGAAUGAAUAUACAUAUGAAUGAAUAAAUGUAUGUUUAAAAGAAAGAAACAAACAAAACAUAAAAAAAUGCUUUAUGUAACCUAUGUAUUUCUCACACAAAUUACUUAUAAAACUUGUGAUUGUCUCUUAAGAAAUAAAGUGUUCCCUGAAAA